AUGAGGUUUUUGGUUGUCUUGUUGGUUAUUCCAUUCACAAUGGCUGCUAUUUGCCCUAUGGAGAAACAUCAGGUUUGUAAUAUCGGGACGGACCUUGCUUGCACCUGCGCCGUAUCAGAAUCCGAGGAAAGCCCAAUUCCCGAGGCUUCGUGCAACGCGUUUAUUGCGAGAGACUUGGAAACUGGAAACUUCCCAGCGGUUUCAGUUGAAUUCAACAUAGACGAUGAUGCGGAAGGAUUGGAUGAAUGGCCAGAAGCAGAGUUUAGGGAGAAAAUCACAUCGUCACUUCGCGUUGACGACAACGAUUUGAUUAUUCUCCGAGCCAAUUGCAAGGGAACUGAUGACUCACUUACUGUUCAAUUCGUUAUUUUGAAGAAGGAUGCCAAUGCAACCAACUAUCCAUAUCAAGUCGAUGACCUCAUUGAUUCCGAAUCGAUUGCGACUCGAAUGAAAGCCAUGGGACAUUUGUCUCAGAUUGCAAACUUGGACGUCGACUCUAUUGAAUCAACUGAAGAACUAAUUGACAUUGAAUACGAUCCCAGUAACGUCGAACUCGCUUUGAAGACAUUUGCCUUCGGUGUGGUUUUCGGCAUCUUCUUCGUUAUGGGAAUCCUUAAACUUCGCAAAGGAAACAAUGAAUACAACGACGAUCUUCAAAAGGCCUAA